AUAUAACAGAUAUAUAGGUACAUGACUGAAUUGGUAGUAGACAUACAAAUUGCAUUUUUUUUUCUACGGAGCGAAUCCACUGAGCACGAAUCAGGAAGUUAUCCUUCGUGGCUCAUCCUGAUUGGUUAAAAAGGGUCUCUUAUCUGCUCGUCUAUAAAAACAGCUCAUUAAUUUUAUUUUAGGCAUUCCUUACACCGUUGCCGAACCUCCAGUCGGAGCACAAACCAACAUCGCCAUGUCAGGUCGUGGAAACUUCAACAUUACCAAGACUAAGAGAACCUUGACUCAUCGGGCCGGUCUUCAGUUCCCGGUUGCCAGGAUCCAUCGCUACCUCAAGGUUGGUAGCUACGCCCCGCGCAUCAGUGUUGGUGCAAGUAUUUACUUCACGGCGGUGCUGGAGUACCUGACUGCUGAAAUUUUGGAACUUUCUGCCAACGCAGCUAAGGACAGCAAGAAAAUGCGCAUCACCCCACGUCAUAUUCUCCUAGCAAUCCGCCAUGAUGAUGAGAUCAACACACUGUUGCAGCAAGUUACCAUUCCACAGGGCGGAGUCGUACCCUACAUCCACUCUUUUCUCUUUGUCACGAAACGCAACCCUCCCGCUCCCAAGGGUGAGGUCGUACCCAGCACCAGCUCCGUUAACCUCAAGAAACCAAAAUGAAAAGCCAUAGAACUGUUAAGUGCAAAAUCAAAGUAAAUUGCAUUAAACAAAAAAUAAUUAAAAAAUUAAAAGAAAAAAAAUUAAAAAUAUUAAAACAAAAAAUAAAAAAAAGCUCCCAAAGGAGCACACAUGUUAAAGAGGCAUAGUUUACCAUAGUAAUUACAAUGACAGCUGCAGGAUAUAUAAAAUAAAACAACAGCUAUGUGAAAUACUGUACUAAUAUGUCCUCUCAAGGAAGGUUCCUUGAUGUUGGUGAGGGGCUCUUGAUUUAGGGAAUUGGAUCUGUGCUCUAGUUCCCCGAAUUAAGCCUGAAUGCCUUCCACAUCCCCCCCCCCAGGCGCUGUAUAAUCCUCCGGGUUUAGCGCUUCCCCCUUGAUA